AUGUACGGCGACUAUAUCAAUAUGGAACACGAAUUGAGCCAUCCCUAUGAGACCACUGAAUUCCAGAAAAACCUCCUAAACGGUUUCGAGCACUUGUUCUUCCAUAUUUCGGCAGUGAGCAUUGCCCUCGACGUACUUACGUAUUUGCGCCUCAAGCUGAGCAUGCGCCACCAGGCCUCAAAUCAGAAAAGCAGUGCCGACCUGAGGCUUUCUAUCAUGAAUUAUCGUCAUCAUCCUGAUGCGGCCAUCCGCUAUAGAGAAAAGGCCGCCGAAUCUACGAAAAACGAAGAC